AUGGCUACUCACCCGACCUCUCUCGAUCCCAAAAGAAAGGCAGUUGCCCUAGAUUGCGAAAUGGCAGGUAUCAGCAGUGGCGAAAGUGAAAUUAUAUCCAUCUGUGUUAUCGACUUUUUCACUGGCGAACUUUUGCUUAAUUCUCUUGUCAAACCUCAUGAGCCCAUCAUUGACUGGCGUACCAACAUUCAUGGUAUAAGGCCGGCGACACUCGCUAUAGCCGCAUCCCAAGGACAAGUCCUCCGUGGUUGGGAAGCAGCACGACAAGAGCUACUCAAGCAUAUCAACACAGAGACAGUAAUGGUUGGACAAUCUCUCCAGCAAGAUUUAAAAAGGCUUCGAUUAUCACAUGGAAAGAUUUUCGAUACCGCUAUUCUUACAGCAGAAGCAGUGUUUGGACCGGGCGCUUCCUUCGGUCGUCGAUGGAGUCUUCAAUCCCUCUGUGCAGACUUGUUGAAAUUGCGUAUUCGACAGGGCUCCAACACUCACGAUGCUUUGGAAGACGCUAUGGCGGCACGAGAGAUUGCGUUGUGGUGCAUAUGCUACCCAGACAAGUUAAAGCAAUGGGCAAAGAGGGCACUCAAGAAACACAAAGCUGAAAAAGCAAAACGAGCGGAGCGCAAACGAAAUAGACGGAGGAAUACACAUUACCCAACGCCAGUCCCCCAUGAUGAGUUUGAGGAUUAUGGAUAUUACCAUGAUUAUGGUGGCGAAGAGGAUGAUGAGAUGCUUCGAUGGGAGGAUGUGAUAGACUGGGAGAUGUGGCCAAAGUCUCCUCCCUCAUCUGAUUAG